AUGAGCAGUUAUACCGCUGGAGUCCGUCUCCUCAGACUGGGUGGUCUGGCUGAUGUUACCGCAAGGGAUAACAAUGGCAACACUCCGUUGCAUUUAGCGGUGGACGUUGAAAUUGGAAUGACCGAUUCAAACACCAUCAUGGAGGUACGUAAAGCGGAUCUUGAUUUGAGCUCGCGGAACAAUGAUGGCCACACUGUGUGGGACUUGGCCACGAAAAACACGGAUCGGGCUCAAAUCAACGAAAAGUAUAUCGAUGCCUUAUAUUGA